UCGAUCGCACUAUAGAACUGAUCACCAUAAACCAUGUCUUUCCCUGCGAUAUUUACAGUACUUGCUGGCAUCUUCUCUCUUAUAUUAAUCCUCCGUUUCGUGUUUACGAGAAAGACCGGAGAUGUGAAAGCACCUCCGCGAGCAGCGGGAGCGUUGCCAAUAAUCGGGCACCUUCAUCUUCUUAGCGGCGAAGGUGGUCUACCUCACAGAGUACUUGCAUCCCUCGGCAAAAUGUACGGACCAAUCUUCACUCUAAAUCUUGGUGCUCAUGAAGCUCUGGUAGUCAACAGUGCAGAAAUGGCAAGAGAGUGCUACACCACCAACGACAAGUCGUUUGCAGACAGACCCAGAUCAGCUGCAGUUGAACUUCUCGGCUACAAUUUUGCGAGCUUUGGAUUCGUUCCUUAUGGUCCUUACUGGCGAGGCUUGAGAAAGAUAGCCGUGCUUGAUCUCCUUUCGCCAAGUCGUCUUCGGAUGCUUUCACAUGUUCGGACCUCCGAAGUGAAAUUCUUGAUGAACGAUUUAUAUAAAGUUUGGGCGGAAGGCAAAGGGUCUACGGGAAAGGUAGUCGUCGAAGAAAUGGAGAAACGAUUUGAGACGUUGGUAUUUAAUGUGGUUCUGAGGAUGAUAGCAGGGAGACGAUAUACGACUGGUGAUAAAGAAGGUGAUCAUGUGAAGAACACCAUCAAGGAUUACGUCCAUGAACUGGGGACAGUGGUGGUUGGUGAUGUCAUUCCUUGGCUAAGAUGGUUGGAUUUCAGUUUCCACAGAAAGGUAAAGAAAACCGCUGAAGAAUACGACGUUAUUAUGGAAGAUUGGUUAAGGGAGCAGAGAGAAAAAAUGAGUUCUGGGAAGCCUGUGGAUCCCAAAGACGAAGUUUUUGUGGCAUCAUUGCUGACCCGUUUGAAUAGCGAACAAGACAAGGAUCUUUCGGUGUUCGAUAAAGGAACAAUUGUGAAAGCUACAUGCUCGACGAUUAUAGGAGGCGCAGCAGACACAACAACGGUGGCUCUAACAUGGACGCUAGCUUUGCUGGUGAAUCACCCUGAGGUGCUAAAAAAAGCCCACGAAGAAAUCGAGACACAUGUUGGAAGGGAGAGAGUAGUGGAAGAAUCAGAUUUAAAGAACUUUGUCUACCUUAACGCCGUCAUCAAGGAAUCACUGCGUUUAUACCCACCGGGUGCAAUCAUUGCUCCUCACCAGACCGUUGAAGACUGCAUUGUGGCGGGUUACAAAGUUAAGAAAGGGACGAGACUGAUGGUCAACCUGUGGAACAUCCAACGUGAUCCAGAGUUUUGGCCCCAACCGGAGGAGUAUAAACCAGAAAGAUUCUUGACGACUCAGAAGGACAUUGAUGUUUGGGGUCAGUCGUAUGAGUUCUUUCCAUUCAGCAGCGGAAGAAGAACAUGUCCUGGAAUAGGAUUAGCAGUUCAGUCUAUGCAAUUGACACUCGCCACUUUAUUGCAAGGCUUUGAUUUUGAAACUCCAACCGGAGAACCUACUGAUAUGAGCGAACACUACCCAGGGAUGAUAACCUCUAAAGCUACUCCGCUUAGCGUUCUCAUCUCACCUCGAUUAGCACCCAAUUUAUACAACUAAGCUAGUUUCUUGAACUCUACUCCACAAAUAUGUUUUCAACAACACGCUUCUUUUUACGUUGGUAAUAAUGAAUUAAUGGCACGAGUUUCCCUUUUGUUCUUGCAA